AGGUAGACAGGUACGUAAUCGUCACGUUUCCAUCUUAAUGAAGUUGACUCUUUUAACACUAUUUUUCAUUUCUAGUUCAUCAAAUUCAACAUUUUACACAACUCAUCUUCUCAUAUCUCAUACUGGAUCCAUAUACCGUCUCAUUAAUCUCCAGCCGAUCGAUCCACCGACUCACUUCUUGAAUUUAGGUCAUUUCAUUCUCAGAUCUAAGGUCGGGAACGGUAUUAAUCUUCACACGAUCGAUCGAUCGACCGAUUCAGUUCUCGAAUUUAGGUCAUUUCAUUCUCAGAUCUAAGGUCACCUGAUCGAUCGAUUGAUUCAGUUUUCGAUUUUAGGUCAUUUCAUCCUCAGAUCUAAGGUCGGGGACGGUAUUAAUCUUUACUUGAUCGAUCCACCGACCGACUCAGUUAGGUAAUUAUCAUCAGAUCUAAGGUCGGGGCGGGAGGUAGCGAAAAUGUUGACGAAGUUUGAGACGAAGAGUAACAGAGUGAAAGGUCUGAGUUUUCACAGUAAGAGGCCAUGGAUUUUAGCGAGUCUUCACAGUGGUGUUAUCCAGCUAUGGGACUACCGGAUGGGUACUCUCAUUGAUCGGUUUGAGGAACAUGAUGGCCCCGUUCGUGGCGUGCACUUUCAUCAAUCACAGCCUCUUUUCGUUUCCGGAGGAGAUGAUUACAAAAUUAAAGUAUGGAAUUACAAGCUGCAUCGGUGUUUGUUUACGCUGCUUGGCCACCUUGAUUAUAUUCGGACGGUUCAGUUUCACCAUGAGAACCCCUGGAUUGUUAGUGCUAGUGAUGAUCAAACUAUUCGGAUAUGGAAUUGGCAAUCUCGUACUUGUAUAUCUGUUUUGACUGGACACAACCAUUAUGUGAUGUGUGCUUUGUUCCAUCCAAAGGAGGACCUUGUGGUAUCAGCAUCAUUAGAUCAGACUGUUCGAGUAUGGGAUAUUGGUGCCCUAAAGAAGAAAUCAGUUUCACCUGCUGAUGAUAUCCUUCGGCUGAGUCAGAUGAAUACAGAUUUUUUUGGAGGGGUUGAUGCUGUUGUGAAGUAUGUAUUAGAGGGCCAUGAUCGAGGAGUCAAUUGGGCAUCAUUCCAUCCCACUCUUCCUCUUAUUGUUUCAGGAGCUGACGAUCGCCAAGUGAAGAUCUGGCGAAUGAAUGAUACAAAAGCUUGGGAAGUAGACACAUUGAGAGGUCACAUGAAUAACGUAUCAUGUGUUCUUUUCCAUGCAAGACAAGACAUCAUAGUAUCUAACUCGGAGGAUAAAAGUAUACGUGUUUGGGAUGCUACAAAAAGAACCGGUCUUCAAACUUUCCGUCGUGAGCAUGACAGGUUCUGGAUUCUCGGUUGUCAUCCCGAGAUGAACCUGUUGGCAGCUGGCCAUGACAGCGGUAUGAUUGUUUUCAAGCUAGAAAGAGAACGCCCUGCUUUCGCUGUUAGUGGUGAAUCUUUGUACUAUGUAAAAGACCGUUUUCUACGGUUUUACGAGUACACUUCUCAAAAAGACACUCAAAUAUUACCUAUUCGCAGGCCAGGUUCAGUCAGCUUGAACCAGGGCCCAAGAACCCUCUCUUACAGCCCAACUGAAAACGCGAUACUAAUAUGUUCAGAUGUGGAUGGCGGAUCUUAUGAACUGUACAUCAUCCCUAAAGAUAGUAUUACUAGAGGUGAUACAGUUCAAGAGGCGAAACGUGGUGUCGGUGGGUCAGCGGUUUUUGUGGCCCGAAAUAGAUUUGCAGUUCUUGAGAAGAGCACCAAUCAAGUGUUGGUCAAAAACUUAAAAAAUGAGAUUGUGAAGAAGAGUGCCCUUCCUUCUCCCGUCGAUGCUAUAUUCUACGCUGGUACAGGUAACUUGUUAUGUAGGGCAGAAGACAGAGUUUUCAUCUUUGAUCUCCAACAACGGUUGGUUCUCGGGGACCUACAAACUUCUUUUGUCAGGUACGUUGUUUGGUCAAGCGAUAUGGAGAGUGUUGCCUUGCUUAGUAAGCAUUCAAUAGUUAUAGCUGAUAAAAAACUGGUUCACCUGUGCACCCUUCAUGAGACAAUCAGAGUGAAAAGCGGUUCAUGGGAUGAUAAUGGCGUGUUCAUAUACACCACGUUAACCCAUAUUAAAUACUGUUUGCCUAAUGGAGACAGUGGAAUCAUUAAAACCCUUGAUAAUCCGGUUUACAUCACAAAAAUAUUUGGAAACACACUCUUUUGUUUGGAUCGUGAUGGGAAAAACCGGCCAAUAGUUAUUGAUUCAACUGAAUACGUCUUUAAGUUAUCUUUACUGAAAAAGAGAUAUGACCAUGUAAUGAGCAUGAUAAGAAACUCCGAGCUGUGUGGGCAAGCCAUGAUUGCGUAUUUACAACAAAAAGGUUUCCCUGAAGUUGCCCUCCAUUUCGUGAGAGAUGAGAGAACCCGUUUCAAUCUAGCACUAGAAAGUGGAAACAUCCAGAUAGCUGUUGCUUCUGCUAAAGAGAUUGAUGAGAAAGAUCACUGGUAUAGAUUAGGGGUUGAGGCCCUUCGUCAGGGUAAUUCUGGCAUUGUUGAAUAUGCAUAUCAGAGGACGAAAAACUUUGAGAGGCUAUCUUUUCUGUAUUUGAUAACAGGAAACUUGGAUAAGUUGUCUAAAAUGAUGAAGAUUGCUGAGGUGAAAAACGAUGUUAUGGGGCAGUUCCAUAAUGCUUUGUAUUUGGGUGAUGUUCAAGAACGGAUCAAGAUUUUGAUCAACGCUGGCCAUCUACCACUAGCAUAUGCUACAGCUAAGACCCAUGGGUUGAAUGAGAUUGUUGAAGAUCUUGCUGAUAAACUUAACGGUAAUGUUCCUAAUUUGCCCAGUGGUAGGUCUUCUUCUCUUUUGUUCCCCCCAACACCGGUCUUGUGCGGUGGGGACUGGCCAUUGUUGAGGACCAUGAAAGGGAUAUUUGAGGGUGGUCUUGAUAACGCUGGAAAAGGUGGAAACGAAGAGUAUGAAGAUGCUGCUGAUGCUGAUUGGGGUGAGGAGUUGGAUAUUGUGGAUGUGGAGAAUAUUCAAAAUGGUGAUGUCAGCAUGGUGCUGGAUGAUGAAGAAGCACCUGAAGAUAAUGAAGAGGGAGGUUGGGAUCUUGAGGAUCUCGAACUUCCUCCGGAUGUUGAAACCCCAAAAGCCACCACUAGUCGUUCUGCUGUAUUUGUAACACCGACUGCUGGUAUGCCUGUGAGUCAGAUAUGGGUGCAGAAGUCAUCUCUUGCUGCUGAGCAUGCAGCAGCUGGCAACUUUGACACCGCCAUGCGGUUACUGAGCCGCCAGCUUGGUAUAAAGAAUUUCACACCGCUGAAGUCCUUGUUCAUUGAUCUUCACACGGGAAGUCAUUCUUACUUGCGUGCGUUCUCAUCGGCUCCCAUAAUCUCAUUGGCCAUCGAGAGGGGUUGGAGUGAGUCAGCAAGUCCUAAUGUCCGGGCCCCGCCUGCACUCGUGUUCAGUUUCUCUCAGUUGGAAGAAAAACUCAAGGCCGGUUACAAAGCCACAACCACAGGGAAGUUUACUGAAGCCUUACGCCUCUUCUUAAGCAUUCUCCAUACCAUCCCACUGAUUGUUGUCGAGUCAAGACGAGAAGUGGAUGAAGUUAAAGAGCUGAUUAUUAUCGUGAAAGAAUAUGUUUUGGGCUUACAGAUGGAACUUAAAAGGAGGGAACUGAAAGACAACCCGGUUCGUCAACAAGAACUGGCGGCUUAUUUCACGCACUGCAACCUUCAGCUACCGCACUUGAGACUUGCCUUGAUGAAUGCUAUGACUGUGUGUUACAAGGCUGGUAAUCUGAUCACAGCAUCAAACUUUGCCCGGAGGCUUUUGGAGACCAACCCAACUGCAGAAAGCCAAACCAAAACCGCUCGUUCUGUUAUGCAGGCUGCUGAGAGGAACAUGAAAGAUUCCACACAAUUGAAUUAUGACUUUAGAAACCCGUUUGUUGUUUGCGGAGCAACUUAUGUCCCUAUAUAUCGGGGACAGAAGGAUGUGUUAUGCCCGUACUGUAAUUCACACUUUGUUCUUUCCCAGGAAGGCCAGCUUUGUACUGUUUGUGACCUUGCUGUGGUUGGAUCAGAUGCUUCAGGCUUACUGUGUUCUCCAUCUCAGAUCAGAUAAUUUUUCAAAGUUUCUUUACAGUCUUGCCAGUCUCAGUUGUUUAGUUUAAACGUGUCUGGAUUCCUGAGUAAAGAGAGAAGAUUUUUGCCACUAGCUGAUAUUUAUGCUUCUAUAUCAGAGACUCAGGGAGCCCAUCACAUUAAACUGUAGAUUAGAUUUCGGUUUUGGGUUUAGUUUCUGGAGGUUCUAUAUUCAGAUAUUUGAAAUAUUUUUGUUUUCUUGGAAUAUGUUAUAAUCGAGUUUCGUAUAAAGACAGAGACAGUUAUGUGGCGAGGAAUUCAGAAAAUGGUGUCGAUUUGUUAAGUGGUGGUUGUAUGUAGUCGUUUUUGCAAUAAUAUUUCAGGACUUGAUAUUUUUAC